ACUCCUCCUCCUCUCUCUCGGGGCCCUUGUAGAUCUCACCACAAUAGUAACUGAGCUUUGAAGCCUUUCUUCCAUUGACACUUGUACCUUCUCUUGAAUCUGUUCCCUGUUGUGUGUUUCAGGUUUAUCUCCAUCACAGAAAGAUGUCUUGCUCCAGCUUGUGCUAUCCAGAAUGCGGGGUGGCCCGUCCCAGUCCAGUUUCUGGCAGCUGCAACGAGCCGUGCGUUAGGCAGUGCCCUGACUCUGAGGUGGUCAUCAGACCAUCACCGGUUGUCGUGACCCUCCCAGGACCAAUUCUCAGCACUUUCCCGCAGCAGAGUGAAGUGGCAGCCGUAGGAGCACCUGUGGUCGGAGCUGGCUACGGGGGCUCAUUCGGUUUGGGGGGACUGUAUGGCUCUGGAGGCUAUUAUGGAGGAUUGUAUGGUUUAGGGGGAUUCGGUGGUUAUGGGAGCCAUUAUGGUUAUGGGGGAUUGGGUGGUUAUGGGGGAUUGGGUGGUUACGGGGGAGGUUAUGGGGGACUGUGUGGUUACGGGGGAGGUUACGGUUAUGGUGGAUUAGGUGGUUAUGGGGGAUUGGGUAGAUAUGGGGGAUUGUGUGGUUAUGGGGGAGGUUAUGGGGGACUGUGUGGUUACGGGGGAGGUUACGGUUAUGGGGGAUUAGGUGGGUAUGGGGGAGGGAGCAUGGAUCAGCAUUCACGUCACACUCCCCAUCAGUACCCAGCUGAAGCCAAUCAGCGGACCAAAUUUGUGAUGAAUCCUGGUCACAUGCCACCUGAGGCACGUUGUGCAUAA